AUGGCCCUCUGGCGGUAUGCUCUCGGCCUGCUGUGCCUCCUGCAGGCCGUGCCGGUCACAGCGCAGUCGGAUCCGUCGCACAUUGCCUUUGGCGACGGCUUGAACAUGCGCCACCCACUUUCUUCGCUCCACACGCUCCACACGCUCCACACGCUUUACCCGCUCGCCGCCGUCCGCAGUGUCGGUGCUAACAGCACCGCGCCCGGCGCGCCCGGCUCGGUCUGCACCGCCGAAGGCGAGUGGAACUGCCUCACCACCUGCUGGCAGCGAUGCGCCUCGGGCCAGUGGUCCGACUCCAUGGCCCUGGCGCCCGGGACGGUGUGCACGCCGGCGGGGCUGUCGUACGAGAUGGCGGUGGUCGGCUCGCGUCGCAGCACAGGCGACACAAGCGACACAAGCGACCGCACGAGCGAGACCACCGCCGGCGCCCUCGCAACCAUCCUCGCAGCCACCACUGGCCUCUGCCAAUGCACAGUCGCCGGCUGCUCUGCAACAUCGCCAUCCACCUCUGUUGCCGCAACAACAUCACCCGCAACGACGAUGACGACGACGACAUCCAGUCAGGAGACGCCGACGGGCGGCGAGUUUGUGAGCGGGUCGUCGUCGGCUGCGACCCAACAGCCGACGAGUGCAGUGACGGUUGUCCUGGGUGUGAGCCUGCUGGCCGUUGUUUUUGCCCGUCUCUUGAUGUGA